GUCAUGGAGAGAUUUAACCCACCUGUGAUUAAGAAGUUAUGAGAAAUUGUAGAAAAGAAGUAUCCUGAAAAGGUUGAAUUAAGAAAAACAACACAUGAUGUCUAUUUAGCAGAACUUAGAAGGCUCAAAGAGAUCAGGAACAGCAUUAAGAUUCAUUUUGACUAUGGUUAUACUCUACACACUCCCUAUGUCACUGGUAAAAGCAUCUUCGAAAGAGAAGCUAGACUAUACAUUUGUCUAAAAGACUCGAAAAUUAAUGAAAAUUCACUAAUCCAAAACAUUGAUUUCAGGAUUGAUGAUCCUCCUCGUACUCGUCAAAUGAAAUAUGCUCCAUUCACAACCACUAUCAAAAAGGCCUAUUCUCAAUUUCCUGAAUACACUUACUAUGGGCUUAUUCCUCUUCAUAUCACAGUUACAUGGCAACGCUGGACUAAAUUGCCUCCUUCUACGUACACUUUCAAUUUGAAUUUUUCAGCCCAGAAAAACUUCGAAAAAUCCGAUUUCAUCUAUAUACACAAGACCCUGGCAAAGAACAUCAUUGAGAAAAAAGAUUAGUAACUUGCUGUGACACUUUUAACCAAGAUUAAUCAUGAAUCUAUA